UCACCCGUCAUUCUCUCUCUCCCCUCUCCUGAGUGGCGCAGAUGAGGAGUCUGAGAGCAAGAGUUUCCGCUUCCGUGCUCAGACAGCCCCAUCUUCCUUCUCGGCACUCCAAGAAGCUAGGUUUCUGCAGCCGCUCUUCUUCCGGCGCCCUUGACGGCGACGAAUCGGUGUCCGAUCCCAAUAACGGCUUGAAAUGGGCGGAUGAGAUCUGCAAUAUCCUCCGCCACCGUAAAUGGCAAGACUUCCUGAAUUCCUCCUCCGAUAUCCGAUCGCGACUCCGGCCGGAUGUCGUCGAGAGGGUACUCCUCCGCAACCAGGUGUCCGAUCACUAUCGCCUUCUCGACUUCUUCAAUUGGUCCGAGAAGACGAUGGGUUGCCCGCCAACCUUGGCUUCCUUCUCCUUUCUUCUCGUUUCCCUGAGCAGUUCUUCCAUGUUCGGUCUCGCGCGCGUUGUCGCCGAACGGAUGCUCCGCGCGCACGAGCGAGCCGGUCACGACAGGAUCCUGGAAUCGGUCGCCGGAGCUAACGCGAAACUCGGGUUGAAUGCCGUGGCGUUUGAGAUACUAAUGGAUGUGUAUGUUGGUUCUGGUAGGAUGGAUGAUGCCGCUCGAGCUUUGCAUGAGUGCAGAAAGGUUGGGUUGGCGCCCGGUCUGCGCUUCUGCAAUUCGCUUCUGGGAUCGACUCUUAAGGUCAAUCGGAUGGACAUAUUUUGGAAGGUUUACGAUGAUAUAUUGGGCGUCGGGGUGGAGCCUGAUGUCUACACGUUCAGCAUUUUGAUCAAUGCGUUCUGUAAGAUUGGGCAGGUUGGUGACGCCAGGAAGGUUUUCGCUGAGAUGGAAAGGAAAGGAAUCGAACCAAACGCAGUUUCUUACAAUUCUUUGAUCGGCGGCUUGUGUCGGGCAGGUGCCAUUAACGAAGCUGUGGUGCUGAAGAAGAAGAUGGAGGAGAAAGGUUUGGUUGCUGACGGUUACACGUAUGGUACUCUUGUGAAUUGGUUGUGUAAAGCAAAGAGAUCUAAGGAAGCGAAACUCUACCUAAAUGAGAUGCAAAGUAUAGGUCUGAAGCCGAACUCUGUUGUUUAUACGUCCUUGAUAGAUGGAUUGAUGAAUGAAAGGGACGUUGAAGAGGCAUUUAGGAUUUGGCGUGAGAUGGGGGAAGCAGGAGUGCAAAAGAAUCGCGUUACAUAUAAUAUCAUUGUCAACAGUGCUUGUAAGAUUGGGAGAAUGAAGGAAGCCCAGGAACUCUUGAACGAGAUGAUAGAGAAGGGAUACAAGCUGGAGACUUUAACUUAUAACUCCCUCAUCGAGGGUCAUUGUUACACGAAGAAUGCUUUGAAGGCGCUUGAAGUGUUUUAUGAAAUGACGAAGAUGGGUAUUCCUCCGAAUGUGGUGACUUACAGUGUCUUAAUCAAUGGGCUAUGCAGAAAUGGGGAAUCAAAACUAGCUAGUGGUGUUUUGCAGGCGAUGGAUGGAUCACCGAUACGGCCCAAUGCUGUUAUCUAUACAACACUUAUUGCUGGAUAUUGCAAGGAAGGUAAAACCGAAGAGGCUCAGAGGAUCUUCAAUAAGAUGCCUGGAAGCGGUGUUAUUCCUGAUGUGUUUUGCUUCAAUGCUCUUAUCAAUGGCUUGUGUAAAGUGGGAAAAAUGGAAGAAGCAGUUGCUUGUCUGAAAGAAAUGGUACAAAGAGGAUUAACACCCACUGUGUAUACGUAUGGUCCUCUAGUUCACGGUUACUGUAAGGCUGGGCAAAUGGAUGAGGCUGAUGGAGUGUUUGAGGAUAUGAUAGCUCGGGGUUUAUUUCCAAAUGAAGUUAUCUAUACUGCCAUUAUAAGCGGGCACUGCAAAUUGGAGAAUAUGACAAAAGCAUUUUCUAUUUUCCGUUCAAUGUUUGCCAAAGGCAUCGUUCCUGGAGUGCAGAUGUAUAGUGUCUUGAUCCAUGGCCUUGCUAAGAUUGGGAAGAUGAAUGAGGCAUUGAGGAUAUUUGCUGAGAUGAAUGAGAAAAACCUCGCUCCUGAUGUUUACACUUACACGGGUCUGAUAUCUGGAUUUUGCAAGCAGGGUGAUAUGGAGAGAGCCUUUCAUUUGCAUGAUGAGAUGCUUGUGAAGGGAGUAUAUCCCAAUAUCGUCACGUAUAACGCUCUCAUUGCUGGCCUCCUCAAGUCAGGGGACGCUGCAAGAGCUAAAGAAAUACUAGGAAACAUCAAAGAAAAUGGUAUAAAACCGGACAAUUGGACGUACACAAUAAUGUUUGAAGGUUACUGCAAAUUAAAAAAUCUUUCGGAGGCAUUGAUGCUGUACGAGGAGAUUGUAUCAGAAGGCAUCCAAUUGGACCAGUUUGCAUAUAACGCGCUUAUUCAUGGCUGCUGCGUGGAAGGAAACAUGGAGAGGGCUCAUGAACUGAUUCAGUCCAUGUCACACAAUGGGUUCGCAAUGACGACUUGUUCUUUCAACACACUAAUAGGUGGUUUCUGCAGACUUGGAAAGCUUCAAGAGGCUGCACAAUUGCUAGAUGAGAUGACAACAAAGCAGGUUGUACCAGACGAAAUGACCUACGGGACUUUGAUUAAUGGUUACUGUAAGACAAGCAACAUGCAGGAAGCUUAUCGCCUGUUUAAAGAAAUGCAGGAGAGGGAAUUAGUGCCUGAUGCUGUUGUUUAUACCUCCCUUAUAGAUGGAUAUGUCAGGGUCGGCAGCAUGGAGCAAGCUUUCAUUUUGAUUGAUGAAAUGCUGCAUAAGGGUUGUAAAGUCGAUGAAGCUGUUUGUUCUGUUAUUAUACGUGCUUUAUGUCUCGAAGCGAGCUCCACUAAGGCCUUGAUGCUCUACAAUGAGAUCUUAGCAAAUGGUAUCAGACUGAACAAGGUUCUGUAUGACCAAUUCAUUGGUGUUCUUUGCAGCAUAGGAGAAAACUCCAAAGCUUUUGUGCUAUUUAAUGAAAUGGGGAAGCAUGGAAUCGAUCCUGAGAUGACUACGUAUGGAACCUUGAUUCAAGGCUUCUGCAAAGCAGUUGAUAUGGAUAAAGCAUCUGGACUUUUCCAGAAAAUGAUAGAAAAAGGAUUUACACCUGAUGCUUCUACUUUGAGCGUAAUGGUUGAUGGUCACCAUAAAAUGGGUAAUGUUAUUGAAGCUGAAAAUAUAGCAAAGCAAGUGCUAGAGAAAGCUGCUUGUGGGGGUAACUCAUAGCACAGUUACCUUGCUGCUCGCAUGGCGUUUGGAAGACCUUGAUAUCCAACCAUGGCGAUGUAAUGUGCUGGGAAAUCUACUCGCUAAUAGCUCAAGUGUCUUUUGAGCCUAAAAGUGUGCCAUGGAGAUAAUAGCACAACUUGCUCUUCGACAUCAUUGCGGUCAUCCUACCUUCAUUUGCCACUUGCCAUCCCGCUAUGUGAAGAAGGCAGAAGAUAAUUUGGAGACCACGCAGUUGGCCGGAAUAUCAAGCAAUUGAAUUGCUUGUUAUGGUAAUUUUGUUUGCAGAAUUUUGUUCGAAUCUACAUCGGAUGUGCUCAACUAACAAGCCAAUGAUCAAGUGUAUGAGCAGGUUGCAUACACCGAAUGAUUGUGUUUAAUUCUUAUGCGGACCAUGCACAGAUAUUGGUUAAGGGUCAAUUAUCUUCCGCAUGUGAUAGAUCAUCAUGGUUGAGAGGAUGAUUUGUUCUACAUUUAAGUGGGUUUCAAGGGUGGGGAGAGAAAUUGUUCUUCGUGCCUCCUGGUCCUACUUCAUCCUUAUAUCAAUAAGGUAACUAUCAAAAUGGUUCAGACAGGUAAGGGUGUACAAUUGCAGAAUAGUGAAUAUGCUGCCGCAACAUGCUUCUUGGGUCCUUGCUCUCUGUAGGCUAUACCAUUUACUGUGGGCAGAGAUUAAUGGAUAAAAGUACAUGAAGGACAAGAAUAACGUGGAAUGCUUGUGCCCUGUUGGCGGUAUCAUUUUUUUUAUCAUAGAUGGAGAAGGGAUUAAAAAAUAUUGGAAUAACCACUAAAAUGUUUCACAAAAAACUGUACAAUUGCAGAACAGUGACUAUGCUGCCGCAACUUGCACCUUGGGUUCUUGCUCUCUGUAGGCUAUACCAUUUGCUGUGGUCAGAGAUGAUUAAUGGAUAAAAGUAGAUGAACCACAAGAACUAAUGUGGUAUUCUUGUGCUCUAGUGGCCGUAUCCAUUGUUGAUCCUAGGCCGAGAAGGGAUUAAAAUAGAUGAACGUCAAACUAGUCUCUUGCUUGUACAUAUGUGGCAGCUGGGAGGAAGAGGGAGGUGGCCCACCUCAGCUGGGGGAGUUACUUGCUAUAGGCAGUGAUGGUUGAUAAAAUUCUCCUAUAUAAGAUUCUUGUGAUAACAUUGCUAUAAUAAGAUCCAUUAACUGGUACCUCAUGUACCUAGGAAAUAUUAUACUGUCUAUAAUUUCAUGGAGUAGACUCUGUAAGUUAUAUCCUUUGACUAACUAUAAAUUUCUUGUAAUUUUUCGUGGGCUGGGCUGCCUGCCUUUUCCCGCUGUGAAUUUCCUUGCUCAUUGAAGUUUCAUUUUUUAUUUCAAUCGAAAGAAAGAAAACAAUACUUUGUGGCUUUA